UGUAGAGUUACAGAACUGGAGGGCUGACCAUCUGUGACAGUAAGAAAAAGGAAUUUUAAAUGAAAUAUUUAAUUCUCUCUUUCCUAACACGUGUUGCAGACCUACUUUUUUCCAUGCUGCUCUAAUACUCCCACAGCAGAGCACCAAUGUCAAACACGACUCCCACCUCAGAUGCCUCAGGGGGACAGCUGAUCUGUCCCCUGCUACAGAUGAUGAAGGAGCACAGACUCAACAACAACACCCAGGCCAACUUGGUGGUGGUUUGCAUCCAUGGUCUGGUCUCCUGCCUGGGAAUUUUGGAGAACGCCCUCAUCCUAUGGGUGGUGGGCUUCUGCCUGCGGCGUCACACAGUAGCCUCUGUCUGGGUGCUCAACUUGGCCACGUCGGACUUCCUGGCAACUCUGACACUGCCCUUCUUCACCUUUUACCUUUCGUCCUCACAUAGCUGGGAGCUUGGCAGCCUACUUUGCAAAACACAGGCUUCCAUCUUCUUCUUGAACAUGUAUGUGUCAGCCUUCCUGCUGGCAGCCAUUUCAGUGGACCGCUGCCUUUUGGCAGCCAAGCCAGUGUGGAGCCAGAAUCAUCGCUCAGUAGCAGGAGCAUGGAAGGUGUGUGCAUUGGGAUGGCUGUGGGCAGUCAUCAAUACACUACCUUAUUUCCUGUUCCGCUCAGUGACUGAAAAACAGGAUGGGAGGAAACUGUGCUAUCAUAAUUUUGCCUUGUAUACAUCAUCUCUGGAGAGAGACUGCAAAGUGAGGCAGGCAGCAACAGCCAUCUCCAAGUUGCUGCUUGCGUUCCUGUUUCCCCUGGUGGUCAUUGCAGGGAGCUACAUCCAAAUUGUUCUCAGCCUGAGGAGCAGGACCAGAAGGAGGAAGCAGAGUGCCAGCAAGCUCACAGAUGCACGGAUUGCGUCCAGCAAAGAUGGGGCAUCAGGGACUACAAAUACCCAUAAAACCACAAAAAACACUAAUAUCUUUCUCAAGUCUCGGGCCUCAGAUCCAUCUUCAUCCCUGACACCUACUGCCUUGUCCCCCACUUCCCCUAAUCAGACCAAUCACAGUCACCUUUCCCAGAGCUUCACCAAGAUGGUGACAUUUGUGAUUGCAGCAUUUGUUCUGUGCUGGGCCCCCUAUCACAUCUUCUGCGUGAUUGAAGUGACAGCCCAGUAUUGGCCCAAAAAUCUCGACCUGGUGGAGGUGGGGCUGCCCUUGGCCACAACAAAGCUAAGAUGCUUUAUUUGGUAAUUCAUGUUUGAUUCAGUGGAAUCAUGUAAGAUAUGUCUUCAUGUCGGCUACAGGUUGGCCUAAUUUCAAUGGACGCUCUCUGACCGAACAUAUCAAAGCUUUGGUCACAAAAAAUGUGAAUCAUGUGAAGCAUGUGAAACAGGAAUUAGUAAUGUAAUAGUAUGUUUAUCCUGGCUAGGAGCUGGCUCUAGGAACAGCAAUGUCGAUCUGUUGCUUUGUCCAUGUUGGUCCAAAAAAAGUAUCUCAAUUAUUGGAUAGAUUGAC